AUGAACUCUCUAAUACGACAUCGAACAACUCCAAGCCAAGUUCAAUAUUUGGAGCAAUUUUUUGAGCACGAUGAUUUCCCAGAUGGCCCAACACGAGAACGAAUUGCACAAACGUUAAAAAUGCCAAGCAAAAGUGUUCAUAUUUGGUUUCAAAAUCGUCGUGCUAAACGUAAACAAGAAGAAAGAACUCGUCAGGAAAGACUGACUUAUGGAUUUAUAGAAUCAGGCUCAUCUAACUUGAAUCGGACAGAUUUGGAAUCGUUUUCGUCUAAAGAUGAUUCUUCUGAGCAUUCUUGUGCAUCAUUUCAUCGAUCUUUUUUUUCAAAAUACAGAGAAAAUACGAUGGCAGAAUCCACCAUUUCAACUUUUGAUAAUAAAGCUAAAGAUGAAAGAGUGCGUCUUCCUCCAAUUGAUCACAUAAUCCCAAAAGGUCUUUUGGAUGCUCCAACUGCAGUAGCUAAUCGCAAUUCUGGUACCAUGAAACCAGAAUAUAGUAAAAAUAGCUCGAAACCUUUGCAAAGUGUUCAUCAUCAAAGUACCUUUAUUAAUCCGUUUUUAUCCGAUAAAGACAGAAAUAACGAUAGCACAACAGCAAUUAUAAAGCCAAUUCCAAGAUCGUCUCCACUCACCGAAUCAACCCUUACAGCAAUUAAUGCUAAUUCUAAUCAUCAUCAUCCUCAUAUUUCUCUUUCACCACUAAGUAAUAUAUUAUCGUCGAACAGCGAGAAAACUAUUGUUGGAGAUUCCGAAGAUGGAAAUGGCAUAAAGAAAGAGGCUCAAAAACGAAAUAAGAAUAUGGAUAUUGCAUCAUUGUUGUGUUGA